CAUUCACAUUUCCCCAUCAACAUUUCCGCCUAAAUCCCAUUCUUCAUCUCUCUGCUGCUAAUCCUUCUCCUUCAAUGGCGGAUUUUGAAUCCUCUGCUCCUCCGCCUCCUCCUCAGGCGUAUCCCCUCCCCCUCCCCCCUUCCCCAUCCUUCGAUCCUCCUCCUCCUCCUCCUCCACCUCGCCCCUUUUUCGUUUUCCCUAAGAGGCCCGCCCUUCGCCUCACUUCCGAAUUCGACAGCGAAUCCUCCAUUUUCUUCCACAAGCUCUCAUGCAAGCUCCUCGACAAUCUCGCCAAGAUCAAGCUCUCUUUCCAGAACAACAGCGACGGUCAAAUCUCCAAUUCUCAGUUGCAGCUCAGUUCUAAGUAUCUCUCCAUCCAAUACGAUCCUGAGGAACGCAACGCUCUCCUUCGCUCUUCUGUCGAUGUUGGCCCUAGGUUGCAGUUCCGCGCUUCUCAUGAUAUUAAGGCUCAUCAAGGAGAGCUCGGUGUGGUUGCUAAAAUUGCUGAUCCUGGUUACUCCUUGGAACUGUCUUCACCCAUUCCUGCUAUUGGACGGCCAAGAGCAACGCUUAAGUUCCCCAUGGGUGAAGUUUCAUUGGAAGAACGAGAAGAGGAAGAAUUGAAGCAGCCAAUGUCCAUAAAUGGUGUUCUUAAAGGCCAAAUUCUGAAUGGUACCUGCGCUGCUCACUACAAGGAUGAGGAAUUGGAACUGAGAUACUCCUACAAGGAUGAGGCACUUUCAUUUAUUCCAAAAAUCUCUCUGCCUUCAAAUGCAUUAUCAUUUGCAUUCAAGCGUCGGUUUGGUCCUUCUGAUAAGUUGAGCUAUUGGUAUGAAUUCGAUUCAAACGACUGGAGCGCAGUGUACAAGCACACAUAUGGAAAAGAUUUGAAACUUAAAGCUGGUUAUGAUACAAAGGAACGACUCGGCUGGGCGUCUCUGUGGGUCGGAGAUGAAGGCGGGAAAGCGAAAACAGCUCCAAUGAAGAUGAAAGUACAAUUCAUGUUACAAGUUCCUCAAGAUGACAUUAAGUCUUCUGCACUAAUGUUCAGAGUCAAAAGGAGAUGGGAUAUAUGAUUGAUUUAGAGGCUCACUCCCUGCUUCAAUUGAAUGUUAGCUUUCUUUUAGAUUACAUUUUCAAGUUUAAAAUGUUUUGGUGUAAACUCUUGUGGGAUGAUAAUGUGUUAUUAAUGAAGUUUCUUUUGUAAGCAG